AUUAUAAUAAAUAAAUAUUAUUAUUAACAUAUAAUAUUACAUAAGUAUAUCUACCUACAUUUACGUAUUAUAAUAAUAAAAUAAUAAUAUGAUACAUCAGUUAUUUUGUCGUGUCAGUGUCACUUGUAAUUAAUAUUCGUAAUCGUCUUAACGUUGUAUUCGCUACGGUGAAGUAUCUCAUUGCUCGCAGUCUUCAUUAAUUCUAUCGUCAUCCGUUAGUCGUUACUCGCGCGCGCGCACAACUGCUACCUCACUAUGAACUGUCGUGUAUGAUACUGGAAAAUUAGACUACAACGUUUAGCGCCAGUAUCCUUGUCCACCUACGGUUCCGUGAACGUAUUGAUAAGGACAUAAGGCGUUUCGCAGUUUUCAUUACCAUUUACCGACGAUUUAUCGCGUGUAUUAUCCACCGCCGCCGAAAUGGACAAGAGGAAGUUGUCAACGUCUGGAGAUUCUCUUUAUGUUACCCUGAGCUUAGCAAAAACAGCAGAAACAGAAGAAAUUAAGAAAACUUAUCGAAAACUUGCAUUAAAAUUCCAUCCAGAUAAGAAUACUGGUAACCCAGAAGCAGAAGAAAAGUUCAAAGAAAUCAAUAAGGCGUAUAGAAUAUUGACGGAUCCAAGCAAACGUAAUAUAUACGACAAUUAUGGUUCUCUUGGAUUGUAUAUUGCGGAGCAGUUUGGCGAGGAGAAUGUCAAUGCUUAUUUCUUUGUCACUUCAAAAUGGUGCAAGGCUUUAAUAAUUGGAUCUUGUAUAGCUACUGGAUGUUGCUGUUGUUUCUGUUGUUGUUGUUGUUGUAAUUUCUGUUUUGGCAAGUUUAAGCCAAAUGUACCUGAAGAUCAACAAGCAAAUUAUACAAAUUUACAUAACGAUGGAGCAAAUUCAAAUAUAGAUGGUAUACAUAAAAAGGAGGAUAGUGAAGAUGAUGUUAUAGUGAAUCAACCAUCUUCUACAAACAAUGCUACUGGAGGCGCAGCACAGCAUAGUAACGCGUUUGCCAUGCCGCCACCGCCUUCAGCCAACGAGACCACUGCACUGAAUCCAGAUGGUACUCCUACAAAGUAUUCUGCAAGCAAAUAAAUUUUCUUUGAGUCAUUAAAGCCCGUCCCUUCAGACACAUAUAAUUCUCAAGUAUGACAGAGUAAUUGUCUUCAAUUACUGUUUUCCAGUGGAUUUUUUUCACAGAGCAUUACAAUAAAUCAAUUUUUUCAUAUUCAUUAAUCACAUUUUUAAAUUUCAAGAUGAUUUUAAUAUUUUGAUUAGUUGUUUAAAAAUGUACUACCAAUAAGUGUGUACGUAUAAAUUUUCCUUGUGUGUUUUUCCUCCUAUAGCUUUUACAUGUAUUUAAUUUUGCAUAGUUAAUAACUAAAUAAAUAUAAUAUUAUUAUGUAAACCUGUUUCAAAAUGUGCCAGUUUUUUUUAAAAAAUUCUUUUAUAUAGAUUCUUAUAAAAAAAUAAUAUAACUGCUUUAAUUAAAUCAAUUAUAUGAUUUGAACCAUGUAGAAAUUUGUUUUAUUCAUUACAAAUAAAAGAAAACAAACUUACACUUAUCGACUGAAUAUCUAAUAUACACACACACAACUAAAUUAA